CGGCGGCAGCGGCAGCGGUAGCGGUGGCGGGGCGGGCGGCAGCCGAGGGCGGCGAGCGCGGCUGCCGCAGGCGGAGCGCGGCCGGCGGGUUUGGGCUGUACUAACACCAUUGUUGGUUUGCUCCUCUUGGAGCAUUACCUUCUCCCAGCAGCUGUUCUUGGCCGUCAGACACCAUGAGGAGACUGGCGUUCCGAGGUGCUGGUUGUACUCUGGUAAAUCUGAAGAAGUUGGAUUCCAUGGGUUCCAAGAGGCGAAGAGCUACCUCGCCUUCCAGCAGCGUCAGCGGAGGAGACUUUGAGGACGGCCACCACUCCACGAAUAUCCCAGGCCCAAGCAGAAAGAGGAGGAGACUUUCCAAUCUCCCAACAGUAGAUCCUAUUGCUGUAUGCCAUGAACUCUACAACACCAUCAGAGAUUACAAAGAUGAACAGGGCAGGCUCCUUUGUGAGCUUUUCAUUAGGGCACCCAAGCGAAGAAAUCAGCCAGAUUAUUAUGAAGUGGUUUCUCAGCCGAUUGAUUUAAUGAAAAUCCAGCAAAAGCUGAAGAUGGAGGAAUACGAUGAUGUGAACGUACUGACUGCUGAUUUUCAGCUUCUCUUUAACAAUGCAAAGGCUUACUAUAAGCCUGAUUCUCCUGAAUAUAAAGCUGCCUGCAAGUUAUGGGAGUUGUAUUUGCGCACAAAAAACGAAUUUGUUCAAAAAGGUGAUGCUGAGGAGGAAGACGAAGAUGAGGAAGGACAUGACAAUCAAGGGGCAAAUUCUGAAUUAUCAUCUCCAGCUUACCUGAAGGAAAUUCUUGAACAGCUUCUUGAGGCUGUAGCUGUUGCCACAAACCCAUCGGGACGCCUCAUAAGUGAACUGUUUCAGAAACUUCCUUCUAAAGUGCAAUAUCCAGAUUAUUAUGCAAUAAUAAAGGAGCCCAUAGAUCUUAAAACUAUUGCCCAAAGGAUACAGAAUGGAACAUACAAAAGUAUUCACGCAAUGGCCAAGGAUAUAGAUCUCCUGGCAAAAAAUGCUAAAACCUACAAUGAGCCUGGAUCCCAAGUGUUCAAGGAUGCAAAUGCGAUUAAGAAAAUCUUUAAUAUGAAAAAGGCUGAAAUUGAGCACAGCGAGUUGGCCAAGUCAAGUCUCCGGAUGAGGACUCCAUCAAAUUUGCCUGCUUCCAAGCUGACAGGUCCUUCCUCACAGGGUAAAGGCAGUGUUGGUGAUGAGAGGAAUUCUUCUAACAAAUAUUAUCGUAACAAAAGAUCAGCCCAAGGGGAUCGUUUAUCAGCAAUAACCAUGGCCUUGCAAUAUGGAUCAGAAAGUGAGGAGGAUGCGUCUUUGGCUGCCGCUGCUCGUUAUGAAGAAGGCGAAUCUGAAGCCGAGAGCAUUACUUCAUUCAUGGACACUUCUAAUCCUCUUUACCAGCUUUAUGACACGGUUAGAAGUUGCCGAAAUAAUCAAGGGCAGCUCAUAUCUGAACCCUUUUUCCACCUGCCCUCCAAGAAAAAAUAUCCUGACUAUUAUCAGCAAAUUAAAUCGCCUAUUUCAUUGCAGCAGAUCAGAACCAAACUGAAGAACCAUGAAUAUGAAACUCUAGAUCAAUUGGAGGCUGAUCUGAACUUGAUGUUUGAAAAUGCCAAGCGCUACAAUGUUCCAAAUUCUGCCAUCUAUAAAAGAGUGCUGAAAAUGCAGCAAGUUAUGCAGGCAAAGAAGAAGGAGCUUGCUAGGAGAGACGACAUUGAGGAUGGGGACAGUAUGAUUUCUUCUGCUACAUCUGAUACAGGAAGCUCAAAAAGGAAAAGUAAAAAGAAUAUAAGAAAGCAACGAAUGAAGAUCUUGUACAACACAGUUCUGGAAGCUCGAGAACCAGGCACAGGCAGACGGCUCUGCGAUCUGUUUAUGGUGAAGCCAUCCAAAAAGGACUAUCCGGACUAUUAUAAAAUUAUCUUGGAGCCCAUGGACUUGAAAAUGAUAGAACACAACAUCCGCAGUGAUAAGUACGUGGGGGAAGAAGCCAUGAUUGAGGACAUGAAGCUCAUGUUCCGAAACGCAAGGCAUUAUAACGAGGAAGGCUCCCAGGUAUACAAUGAUGCCCAUAUGCUGGAAAAGAUCCUUAAAGAAAAAAGAAAAGAGCUGGGACCCCUAGCUGAAGAUGAUGAUGUUGCAUCCCCUAAACUAAAGCUAAGUAGAAAAAGUGGCAUUUCUCCUAAGAAAUCAAAAUACAUGACUCCAAUGCAACAGAAGCUGAAUGAGGUGUAUGAAGCAGUUAAGAAUUACACAGAUAAACGAGGCAGGCGACUGAGCGCCAUCUUCUUGAGGCUGCCAUCUCGGUCAGAACUUCCCGACUAUUAUGUAACCAUUAAAAAGCCUGUCGACAUGGAAAAGAUCCGAAGUCAUAUGAUGGCAAAUAAAUACCAGGAUAUUGAUUCCAUGGUAGAGGACUUCGUAAUGAUGUUCAAUAAUGCCUGCACGUAUAAUGAGCCAGAAUCUUUGAUUUAUAAAGAUGCUCUGGUCCUGCAUAAAGUUUUGCUUGAAACUCGAAGAGAGAUAGAAGGAGAUGAGGAUUCUCACGUGCCCAAUGUCACUUUGCUGAUUCAAGAACUUAUCCACAACCUUUUUGUAUCUGUUAUGAGCCACCAGGAUGAUGAGGGCAGGUGCUACAGUGACUCCUUAGCUGAGAUUCCUGCUGUUGAUCCCAACUUCCCAAAUAAACCUCCACUGACUUUUGAUAUUAUCCGAAAAAAUGUCGAAAAUAAUCGCUAUAGAAGAUUGGAUUUGUUCCAGGAGAAUAUGUUUGAGGUACUGGAGAGGGCAAGGAGAAUGAACAGGACCGAUUCAGAGAUCUAUGAGGAUGCGGUCGAACUCCAGCAGUUCUUUAUUAAAAUCCGAGAUGAACUUUGUAAGAACGGAGAGAUUCUUCUGUCACCUGCUCUCAGCUAUACCACCAAGCAUCUUCACAAUGAUGUAGAAAAGGAGAAGAAGGAAAAGCUGCCCAAAGAAAUAGAGGAAGAUAAGCUCAAAAGAGAGGAGGAGAAGAGAGAAGCUGAAAAGAGUGAAGAUUCUUCUGGAUCAGCUGGGCUGUCAAGCUUGCAUCGGACCUACAGCCAGGAUUGCAGCUUCAAGAACAGCAUGUACCACGUGGGAGACUAUGUCUAUGUGGAGCCUGCUGAAGCCAACUUGCAGCCUCACAUAGUCUGUAUCGAGAGGCUGUGGGAAGACUCAGCUGGAGAGAAAUGGCUUUACGGCUGUUGGUUUUAUCGACCAAAUGAAACGUUUCAUCUUGCAACACGAAAAUUCUUGGAGAAAGAAGUUUUCAAAAGUGAUUAUUAUAAUAAAGUUCCUGUUAGCAAAAUUUUAGGCAAAUGUGUGGUCAUGUUUGUCAAGGAAUAUUUUAAAUUGUGUCCUGAAAACUUCAGAGAUGAGGAUGUCUAUGUCUGCGAGUCACGCUAUUCUGCGAAGACAAAAUCUUUUAAGAAGAUUAAACUGUGGACGAUGCCUGUAAGCUCUGUCAGAUUUGUCCCGCGAGACGUGCCCCUGCCUGUGGUCCGUGUUGCUUCCGUGUUUGCCAACGCAGACAAAGUGGAUGAGGAGAAACAUGCUGACAUACUAGAGGACAGCAAAGUGGGAGAAAGUAUCCAUCUUGAAAAGGACAAAGAAGAUGUUCCAGUAGAAAUGUCCAAUGGAGAACCUGGUUGCCAUUACUUUGAACAGCUCUGCUACAAUGAUAUGUGGCUUAAGGUUGGGGACUGCGUUUUCAUAAAAUCACAUGGGUUAGUGCGACCUCGGGUGGGCAGAAUUGAGAAGAUGUGGGUGCGAGAUGGAGCUGCAUAUUUCUUUGGGCCAAUCUUUAUCCAUCCUGAAGAAACUGAACAUGAACCAACUAAAAUGUUCUACAAGAAGGAAGUGUUCUUGAGUAACUUGGAGGAGACCUGUCCAAUGACUUGCAUUUUGGGGAAGUGCGCUGUUCUGUCAUUCAAAGACUUCCUCUCCUGCAGACCAACAGAAAUCUCUGAAAACGAUGUUUUUCUCUGUGAGAGCCGCUACAAUGAAAGCGACAAACAGAUGAAGAAAUUUAAAGGGCUGAAGAGGUUUUCACUCUCUGCGAAAGUUGUCGAUGAUGAAAUCUACUAUUUCAGAAAACCCAUCGUUCCUCAGAAGGAACCGUCUCCGCUACUGGAAAAGAAGAUUCAGCAGUUAGAAGCAAAAUUUGCUGAGUUGGAAGGAGGUGAUGAGGACAUGGAGGAGAUGGGAGAGGAGGAAGGUGAUAUGACUGAAACACCUUCGAUGCCACAGCUUCAAACCCCGUUAACCAAUGAAUUGGAUAUAAUGCCUUAUACUCCACCACAGUCCACUCCCAAGUCUGUUAAGGGCAGCACCAAGAAGGAGGGAUCAAAGAGGAAGAUCAACAUGAGUGGGUACAUCUUAUUUAGCAGCGAAAUGAGAGCUGUGAUUAAAGCUCAGCACCCAGACUACUCCUUUGGAGAGCUCAGCAGGCUUGUAGGAACUGAAUGGAGAAACUUGGAAGCAACAAAGAAAGCAGAAUACGAAGAGCGGGCAGCUAAAGUUGCUGAGCAGCAGGAGAGAGAGCGAGCAGCACAGCAGCAGAAUUCCUCCCCCCGGGCAGGCACUCCUGUCGGGGCUCUUAUGGGGGUGGUGCCGCCACCAACACCAAUGGGAAUGCUCAAUCAGCAGUUGACACCCGUUGCAGGCAUGAUAAGUGGCUAUCCGCCGGCGCUGCCGCCUUUGCAGGGCCCCGUGGAUGGCAUUGUUAGCAUGGGCAGCAUGCAGCCACUUCACCCAGGGGUGCCCCCACCCCACCAACUGCCACCAGGUAUGCCAGGCAUCCCCGGCAUCCCACCACCCGGUGUUAUAGGCCAAAAUGUGACCCCCAUGGUAGGCACUCCAGCACCCGGAGCGAGUCCUUUUGGACACCAGAUAGGAAUCCUCGGCCCGCCGGGACAGCAGGCGCCCCCUCCGUAUCCCGGCCAGAGCCCAGCAAGCCAGCCAGUUAUGCAGCAGCCCACAACUCCCAUGUUCGUCUCCCCUCCACCAAAGACACAGAGGCUUCUUCAUUCUGAAGCCUAUCUGAAAUAUAUCGAGGGGCUUAGUGCUGAAUCAAACAGCAUCAGCAAGUGGGACCAGACCCUCGCAGCACGAAGACGAGAUGUCCACUUAUCAAAAGAACAGGAGAGCCGACUCCCUUCACACUGGUUGAAAAGUAAAGGGGCUCAUACCACAAUGGCCGAUGCGUUGUGGCGUCUGCGAGACUUGAUGCUACGAGACACCCUUAACAUCCGCCAGGCAUACAACAUAGAGAAUGUUUAGUUGUGUAAUUGCUUCUUUCUUUGAUACCGGUAUAUAAAGGAGUUUUGUGGAACAAUAGCUGUUUUAGUUACUGGGUGGGGAGAGAUAACCAACAAUAAUUUGUAUUGCAUUUUACUGUACAUUGCAAGACCAUUUUUAUAUAAGGACACUUUUAAUAAGCAUAUUUCACUUUUUGUUAUAUUAAGUUGACUUUAUCAAAUACACAGAUUUUUGCAUAUGUUUCCUUGGUUUGGAAGGCGAUUUCAUAAUUGGUUAAGUGUAGUCAAGGAUUCAUCUUUCUUAUACUUUAUUGCUGAGAAUCUGAUGCCAUUGUUUUUUAUAUAAAAGAAGAAAAAAGAAAACAAAGUAUUAACAGAUUGGUACAAUGGAAUGUGAAAUUAGUCAUAGUUUACAUCUUAGAGGGAUGUGUGUACAUGUGCUUGUGUGCGCUAGCCACUUCCAGCAGAGAUCUCACUUGGAUGUGAGCAGGGAGUAUCUCUUAGAAGAAGCUAAAGGUAAGAUAUGAGUUGACACUAGGGGAAAAAAAUGACAUUUCAAGUCACUCCCAAGGCAGCCGAGUGGCCACAACAAUCAUGGAAGGGCUGGUGCGGAUGGGACAAGGGUGUUUCGACUGCUGAUGUUGUCCGAUCCUGUCCAGUUAUUUAAUUGUGUAGCCAAGGUCAUUGUGAUCCUAAUUCAGUAACAGAAUACGCGUGCUGGCGUGCCCUUAGGAGGUGAAGCUUUUAUCUCCCGUGACCUGCUUGGGGGGUUCUGUGAUGUCUCUGACACUGAGCAGUGGAAGGGGAACCUUCAUCCCUAAGCCAUUCCGUCUGCCUGUGGGAGAGGCACGCAGAACUUCGAACCAGUUCAGGUCUUGGAAGGUAAGUUAGAGGAGAAGGGAAGCUGAGUUGAUUUAUUAGUGAAGUAACAUGACGUUUGUAAAUUCACACACAUUCUGUUAACGAUUGGGCAUUGUAAGACAUUCUCGUACGCUUUCUUUAAGUGUAUCGAUUCACUUGUAUUGAUCAGUGAAAGUUUUGCCAUGCAAAAGUUGAGAAAUUUGACACAUUAGGGUAAACUGCUACUGUGCGGUGUGUGCAAGCACAGCAUAGCGAGUACCUUGGGGAACUAGAACGCUUGCGUUGCAGCCUUCAGAGGGUGUUGGGGCUUGGUUUGGGUUUUUUUCUUUGUUUAGCUAAGGUAGGCAUAGACUCUUCUUGCCAAAUUUCAAGGUUUUGACUGCCUUCUGCUACAGAUUACGUGUCCUCAUAACUAACCAACCUUUUGGACUGCAAGGCUGUUUGUUUAAAGGUAAAUCCUUUCACGUACUUAAUUUUAGAAAAAGAAUUAAUACUUCUAGAUUGUGUUAAGUAACUGGGAUAGCAAUAUUGGUUUGGAAAAGGUGCUGGCACGAACACAGUCACUGCGACUCGGUCCAAAAGAAGUGAUUUAUUGAUAUACUUUCAUCUUUCUGCUAGAGAUGUUCAUCAUGUGGAAAUGUUUAAUAGCACAGAGCGUUUUUAUUUGAGUGCACUUGGCAGGAGGUUAAAUACUUCUCUUCAAAUACUGGAUAUCUUGGGUUCUGUUUUGCUGAUGUAGUUAAUACUGAUGAGGGAAGUGACGUGUGCAAGUAGAAACUGUUAUUUAAUUUUACUGGCUAAUUUCUUUCCCUUCUAUUGCAAUCCUCCAGUCAUUGUGCAGAAAACCAUGUAAUUACAAGCAGGCACUUAAGGACAGCUUAGGUCAGACGCGCAGUGGAUGUGAAGAAAACGGAGCUGAGCAACACAGGGAAAUCAGAGUUUUGAGCUCUACAGGUAGCACACCCACGGUACAGAAAUUCUUUACUGGCCUUUGUAAAUGACCCAGUUUAAUAAAGUAGAAACUGAAUAGUCUUAGAUUACCCCCACAUAUGUGGUAUCAUCUUCAAAUGUAUUUAGAUUACCAUUGGCUUUGCAGUUUUUAGCCACAAAGAUGGGACGGUGAAGCCAAUCAGGCAGCAAAUCCUAGUUUUUGAGUAUUUGGAACUAUCACGGAUUGUACUAACGCACCACCGGAUUCUCCUGCUUCUCAGCAUUAACAAAAAUUACACCAAAGAACCUGGGAUGGAUUUUAAUUAAGUUAUUGUUUUAUUUAUUUUCUUUUGAGGACUGGAUGGGACUCCCUUUGGAGCCUGUAUAACUCAGAUGUUUAAUUUAUCUGAAGGUCGGUGCCGAGCAGACUUGCAGCACUGGCUCUCUCCUGCCCGAGCAGCCGAAGCCCAACUUUCACUGCUCUUUCCGGCCCAGGAGCAAGAGAUUGGAAGUGCAAGCGACCCCUGGGUCCUCCCGCAAGGCAGUGCAGAGCGCUACCGCUAAGCUGCUGGGCUGGCCCUGAUCAAUUAUUUUAAGCUUUGUUUAUUUAUUACAAACCCGUGUCUCUGGAUAUUGGAGGCAUUUCAGUCGAUUGCAGUAAAAUUUAGGAUAUGAUGGCUACAGUCUAGAAUUCCAAACCAGCAAAAGAAACUGUUUUCUGACUCUGGUUUUAAAAAAAAAAAAGAAAAAAAAAAAAAAAGACAUGUCUGUCUGUCUUUCUCUCUUUGUGGGUGUUAGAACCCCUCAUUUGUUUUCCACUGCCAUUCAUUGUACUGGCAUAAACAAAACUUUCAUAUUAAAAUAAAAAGUAUGAAUCGGAAAUGGUUGGCUUCUGUGAGAGCAAAAAAUAGAUGAAUCUAGGACCGGUAUUUUCAUAAACCACUUGGAGACAGCUAAUAAUUAUUUGUUCUCUUCCUCAGUCCUUCCCUUCCAUGAGAAAAUUUACUGUUUGUGUAAAAAGUCAAAGCGUUGAUGUUGGUGACUUUUUUUUUUCAGCGUACUUUUUCGGACCUGGUUAAUCCGUGCUUGGCUUUUCGUUAGAUCUUGUACUCCUGAAGGUUAAGCUGCAAGCCAGGUUUAUAACAUGUAUGUACCAUCACUUUGUUUACCUGAGUCUUUUUAAUUUGAAUAAAAAUAGUUUGCAAAGUGUUUUGGACUAA